AUGGCUGGUAGAAAUGAUCAUGCGAUUGUUGAUGCUCUUCAAGCAUUAGCACAAGCUAUGAAUAAUAACAAUAGGGCUGAGCUAACGGAGAUUGAGAAGAUCUUCAAUGUUAUGGAUUGUCCCGUCACUCAGAAGGUGAAGUUGGCCACCUUCAUGUUGACUGCUUAUGCUCACUUUUGGUGGGAAGGAGCACUUCGGAGAAUGAUUGAUGGAGGGGUGCACUUGAAUUGGGACAACUUUAAGAAGGCUUUUCUUGAAAAAUAUUUUUCGGAUGAUGUGAGUAGUCGAAAGGAAAUGGAAUUCCUUGAAUUGAAUCAAGGGAAUAACACAGUAGCAGAGUAUGCUGCCAAAUUUGAUGCUUUGGUCCGUUAUUGUACACACUACCAUGGUGAGGGUGGUGAAAGGGCUAAAUGCAUAAAAUUUGUAAAUGGUCUGCGUCCUGAAGUGAAAACUACAAUUAAUUAUCAGGAGAUUCAUAACUCAUCAUAA